GAAGAAGGAAGAAGGAAGAAGAAAGAAGAAAGAAGAACGCGGUUUUCUUCAAAACAUUAUGGCGUCGAGAAGAACAACAACAGUGCCAAGUAGUUUUAAAAAUGCCUGCACCGACGCUAAAAGCUCGAAAAGUGGGAACAAGGCUAAUAAAGCCAGCAACAGUGGAACUGGGAAGAAAGGUGUUAAAUCAGGUGGAACUAUAGUCAAGUCUCGAUAUAUGCAGUCUGCUGAGAAGACAUCGCUUUCAAAGAGUAACUCACUGACCAAUGAGUCUGUUUCUGUGCCACCGAGGCCUUCCUCACCUAAACCCAGUGGCAUCAGACCAAAGGUGGGCACUCCACCAAGACGCUCAGUAGCCCCACAGGCUCUUGCAACAUCAAUGAUAUCACGUGAACACGAACCGUCACUGCUCAGGAAAAGUAUUCUGCAGUCUACUUUCUCAGAUGGACACUGCUUUCGACCAGAUUUUGAUAUUUCAGUCAUUAAAGAUAAAACGGUGAUAGAAAAUGCCACAGAACCCGAGAGAAACCCAGAGAAUGAGAAGAGGGAUAUUGAGAUGCAGACAUUCCUACUGGCAUACCUCACAGCUAAGAUGGAGAGCAAUACUUCAAAACUCAAGGCUGAGGCAGAGGCAAGGAUCCUGCAGAUGAUGGAGGAAGAAGAAGCACUGCGUAAUGAGGUCCAGGAGAAGAAGCGCCAAUACCUGCUCGCAGAAAAGAGCUGGCUGGUGAAUGAGCUGCUGGAUUUGCAGAUUGCUGCACUGACUCCUGUGGCAGAGGCUGCCAGGCAGUUCACAGAGGACUACAAGUGUUUUGCAACAGCUGUGGACACCACGCGGCAUGAGCUGCCUGUCAAGAACUUCUACAUUGACGGGGACAGAAGGGAAUUUCUAGAUAAAGCUGAGGCUUGCCUGAAGGAGAGUGAGAAGUUGCUGGUGGAGUGCACAGAGGGAGAUCAUAAGGACAAUAGCACCUCCCUAGAGUGCCUUAGGGACAUGAAAAUGAAGUCAAAGGACAUCAGUCAGCAGCUGUCAGGCGCAUUUUCAGAGCUGCUGGAGCUGUCCUCGUCACUUGGCCGCCAUACAAUCCAUGUCCAGCAGGCCAUUGAGGAGGAGCAGCUCGGAACAGCAAGAACCCACGAGCUCUACUGCCCCAAACAGUGACAGAUAACGCACAACAUUGGAUACACAGUACAUGCACUUUGAUAAACCCUCCACCCUCCAAAUUUCCCUGGUCUGGAUAUAUUUGUGCCAUUUGUGACUGAUUUAUUUGCAGCUGUAUGAGAAAUUGUAAAUUUGAAUGUUGAAUAAUAACUCAUACUGUUUUAUAGAUGGAACAUUGUUAUUAAAUAGAAAACAAUAAAAAUAUGAAUUGAACAAUUAACAUGUGCAACUCGCAAUCGGAAGCAACAAUAUUCAUGAAGAGGGUGUUCCAGUUUUGUGUUAAAUACAGCUGCAGAAAAUCUGGAGUCUUACCACUGUGAAUACAAAUACGUGAGCAAUGUUGUAAGAGUUAGGAGGCUGGACCAGUUUAAAUGCACAUAUUCAAUGUGCAAUACUUUGCAAAUGUUUUAGGCUCUAAAGUAAAGUGAGGAUGCUUUCAGAAAUAAUGCCAUGAAUAGUUGUUAUUAUCAUUUAACUUCAUACAAAGUGCAGUGUGCAAAACUGAAUCACAUCAGUAUUUGGUGUGACCACCCUUUGCCUUUUAAAACAGCACUAGUUCUCUGAGGUACACUUGUGCAGUUUUUCAAGGUACUUGGCAGGUAGGUUGUUUCAGGCAUCAUGGAUAACUUGCUGCUGUUCUUUUGUGGAUUUAGGCUAUCUCAGUCUCCUCUGUCACUUUGUGUAAUCCCCAACUGUCUCAAUGAUGUUGUGAUCAAGGCCCUGUGGGAGCCAGGCCGUCUGUUGCAGGACUCCUUGUUCUUCUCUCUGAAGAUGAAGAGAGACUGAAUGUUUGGGGUCAGUGCUGCAGAAGGACUUUAGUACCGAUCAUUUGCCACUUCCAUGGUGUUGCGUAAUGGAUAAGAAAAUCAACAUCUAACAAACCUAAACCUUUUGCCACAGUACUGUUCAUUUGCUUGAUACGUGUAACUAAAAAGAAUUACAAAUUAAUUUAUGGGUCAUUUUUUAAUAAAUGUGAAUUUUAUACGUUU